AUGGAACCGCCACGUCGACCCAUACCAGAGUUGAAACAGCGCCCCAAAUUGGGCAAUUGGAGCAGCUCUCACGGAACCAUGUCUUCAUCAUUAAUUAAAAGUCAAAUACUCAACAGCAGUUAUAAUGAGGCACUCUCUGAAGGAGCCAAUUACAAUGCCCAUUCAAAUGGACUGGAUUCCCCAUAUCUAGUUGAUUAAAAAGCACACAGACUAGAUCACAGCGAUCCUAAAGACAAAAAGGAGGAAAUUGAUCGACUUAACAAACAGCUUAAAAUGUUUGCCAAGAAACAGGAACAAUUGAUACGCGUUGCAUUCUAUUUACUGUUUAACAUGGCUAAGAAUGUUACUGAAAGAAAAAUGCGUCGAAAAAAUAUUGUUAAGAUACUCAUGCUUGCUAGCACAUUUCUCAAGAAAUUAUCUAUUGUGGGCGACAACAAAGAUGCGAUGUGUGCCUUAAACAUUGUCUAGAAAUUACCUCGCCUUUUUCAAAAUGCCCAUACGGAUCUGGUGCAGGUCACACUCAGAGUUGUCUUUAAUCUGUCAUUUGAUGGUGCGCUGCGUCGCAAUAUGAUUGCAGCUGGAUAUUUGUCUAUGCUGGUAAAAUUUAUCAACGAUGAAAAACAUCACGCCUUUGCCGUAAAAAUACUUUACCAUAUGAGCCUUGAUGACAAAGUUAAGUCAAUGUUUACUCAUACGGAGUGUGUGCAAAUGGCGACUGAUGCUAUAAUUCUGAAUCUUAACGUAAAGGUUGAUCCGGAUCUUAUGGUGCUGUGCAUAAAUCUGUCCCUAAAUCGGCGCAACGCUCAUAUUAUGGUUAAAGGUCAGCGAUUGCACAGAAUGGACCGUGCCUUUAAUUAUCAAGAUGCUUUAUUGAUGAAAUUGUUGCGCAAUAUAUCUCAGCACGAGUCCUUGCAGCUGCAGUUUAUUGACUAUGUGGGGGAUCUUGCUCGGAUUCUGACUAUCUGUGACGAUGAAGCUUUUAUUGUAGAGUGCUUGGGGAUACUCGGAAAUCUUGCGCUUACCGACAUUGAUUACUCGCAAAUACUUAAAAAUUUUCAGCUUUUACCGUGGAUUCGUCAGUUGUUAGUGCCUUGUGCACGUUUGGACGAUCUAGUACUCGACACUAUUGUCUAUCUGGGUACUUGCGCUUGUGAUGAACUUUGUGCGCUGCUUUUCUGUCGUGCUAAGGUCGUUCUUUCAUUAAUUGAGCUACUAAAAGCUAAGCAGGAAAAUGAUGAGAUUGUGCUACAAAUCAUUUACGUGUUUCAGCAAAUACUUCGACACGAGAGUACGCGUGAAUACAUGGUCAAGGAAACUGAAUCACCGGCUUAUCUCAUCGAUCUUAUGCAUGACAAAAACGAGGCAAUACGCAAAGUUUGCGAUUAUUGCCUGGACAUCAUAGCCGUUAGUAAUUCUGAGUGGGCUAAACGUAUCAAGCUGGAAAAAUUUCGAAAUCAUAACUCGCAAUGGCUCUGCAUGGUAGAGUUGCAGCAGGAUCGUGAUAACGAGCAGGAUGAUGAUAAUGAUCUAGACACUUAUUUACGAUCAGAAUACCUGGACAAUUGCGAUCUCUACAAUAGCUCAAACAUAAACGUGCACAACAAUGACACAAAUAGCAACAAUAGUAAUAAUCCAGGCAGUCCAACUAUGUCCACUUAUAGCAGACCAGUCAGCACUCAAGAUCUUGAUGAACUGUAUAAUAUAACCUCCAGCUGUAAAUCGCAAUGCUGUAACCAGGGCGCCAAUAAUAUAUUCAUGUACAAUCAGCAGAACACAAUUGAAUUGAAGGAAGAGCUGAUAUAGACAACACAUUAAAUAAAUUACUAACUUACAACGCAAGAUCAAAAAUUUCUAU